CUGUGAUAGUCAGCCUUCAUUUGUCGCAUCGCUUUUACCAUUGCGCGAUUCUCCACCAUCGAUUGCCUCAUUUAGGGUCGUUUAUAUUUGGAUUUGGAGAUUUUGACUGGGAAGGGAAGCAUCGACCAUGGCAUCAUACAAACCCUCGCCAUUAUCAUAUGGCUCACCUCGCGCAUCGCCAUUCCGUCGACCAGAGAGUCCGGCUUCUCCAUCGCCUCUGCGACAAUCAACACCAAAUCCAUCUCCAACCAAAAUGGCCACAACAUCCACCACACCCUCGAGACUAGGUCGGGGUUCCACACCCGUGGCAGAGGGGGAUACAUGGACACCACGAGGCCUUGCACCAGCGCAAAGGGAAAGAGAGCCUUCCCCGACCCGAGGUGCAAAUGGCAGCCCGGGAUUUGGAGGCAUGCUGACCACGAGAAAUAACGGGGACAAUAAUGCCCUUUCCAAGCUACAGCCAGCUCAGGUCAGGGAAUUGCGGGAGGGAUUCCAAACUCUAGACCGAGACAGUGAUGGGCAGGUUGGUAGAGAUGAUGUUGCUGACAUGCUAACUCAAUUGGGUCUGUCCGCGAACGCUUCAGAUAUCACGGCAUUCUUCCCACCUUCUACGCCUCAGACCGUCACACUACCAGCUUAUCUCAGCUCUCUCGCGGGCCUCUUGGUCUCGCUGUCUCCAUCAUCUGAGCUUCUCUCCGCAUUCUCGGCAUUCGAUGAAGAUGAUAGCGGACAGGUGGACCUCGCUGAACUUCGAGAUGCAUUGUUGCAUACUGCACCAGAACCCGGAGAGAAGCUUUUGACGGAGAGAGAAAUCGACAAGGUCAUGAAUGGGUUCACUGGAAGGAGAGCUUUCGGAAAACAUACUGGAGGUGGCAUGGGCAAAAGAGGAGAGGUGUUUAAGUAUCAAGAAUUUGUUGCCGGUGUUGCUGGUGGGGCAAGUGUUGAUGGAAAGGAGAAUAGAGAUGAGUAGGCAAUUUCAAGGAGGAGGAUUAUGUCGCUUGGUAAUGCCGCGAAGGGAUAAUGAGGAAGAGCCGAGUAUUGCUUCUCGCCCUUAUGCUAUCGUCGAGGGUCAUUGAUUCUGAAACCUCAGAGCUUCCUCGCUGUAUAUAUUGACGCAACUCAAACCUUGGUAUUAAAGCACCAUUCACUUGCACAUGUCGCUCAGAGAAAGAGGAAACGUAGAAGAUCCUCGAGGCAAUCCAUAUGUAGUCC